AUGAACGCGUCACUGGCGUACCUGUCAACGCAGCACAGCCACCUCGUGCACCUGGGCGCCGCUGAUGACGACGAUGACGGGCUGGACGUGGACGAGAUGGUCGUGGGCGCUCGCCUUGACGCCGCGGGUGAGCACGCCCUGCUCAUGGGCGCACACUUAGGCGCUGCUGUGGACGGCAUGGCGUGGCACGGCCACUGGGGUGCGGUGUCUGGGGCAGACGAAGGGGGCGUGGAUGAAGGAGAGGGGGGGGAGUAUGGCGGAGAGUGCAGUGAGGGAUGGCAGGAGGAGGAGAUGGGGUGGGUGGAGUGCACAGGGAGUGCAGCGGGUGACGCUUCCUCUCUGUGUGAACGAUAUUCUGGGCCUCUCACUCAUGCUGCCCUUGCUGCUGCUGGGGUGAUCACAAGCACAGCAGCAGCAGCAGCAGCAGCGUCACCAUCAGGCGCCCCCUCCUCAUUCCACAGCAGUCCCAACAGGGCAGCACCCCUGUCCGCGUCCUCCCAUGGCAGCACCCCUGCAGCAAUAAGCCCCGCCUGCCUCUCCCCUCGCGUGCACCCCUCUGCGCACAGCCCCUGCCGCAGCAGCCCCCACAGCUCCCCUUCUGCCACCCUGCCACGUGUGCCCUGCUCCCUCUCCCACGGCCCCUGCGACAGCAGUGCAGGCAGUGGUGCAGGCGAGGGGCGGCGGCGGUCCAUGCUGGGGAUGAGCCGCAGCAUGGGCGUCGCCACGCUCUCACACGCCCUCUCCUCCCUCACCCACUCCCACGCCGCUGCUCUCUCCUCGGGGUCAGUCUCAGGCUCCCCUGCUGCCGCCCGCCCUGCCUCGCGCCUCAUGCUGUCGUCCGGGCCCACACCCGACACACAGCACACCUACGGUAAUGGCAGCACGUCCCUGGGGAGUGGCACAGGCGCGAGCAGGGGCAUGGGGGCAGAGGUGGAGGACACGGGGGUGGAGGGUGACAUGGGACUGGACAUUGACAUCCUGCUCUCCGACCUGCGCUCCCGCCAGCUGCGCUCCUCCUCGGGGCCCCUUGCGCCUCGCAUGUCUGGACCCCUGCGCUCCGUCACCCAUCCUGCUGCUGGCAUGGCUGCUGCAGCUGCUGCGGCCGUGGCAAGUGUGGGGGAGAGGGGGGGCGAGGAUAGGGGUGCGCAGUUGUGUGAUGUGGGGGUGGAUGCAUGGCGGAGUGCAGCAGAGGCAGACUCGGGAGACCACUCCCUUGCUGCAUGCUCCUAA